GAGGAACUGUCUUACGUAAAAUUAUAUUCUAGAGUUAGUAAUAAAUUGAAAAAUUAAAUGAACAGUAUAGCAGAAGCUUGUAAUAAUCUUAAAAAGGACUAUGAUGGGUGUUUCAAACUUUGGUUUUCCGAAAAAUUUCUUAAAGACCUUAAAAUCUCAUAAAAGAUGUCUGAGAUAAAGUAGCCUCUGUGCUGUAUGGACAGUAAUCAUGAAUUAAAGCAAUGUACAAGUUUGAACAUGCGGAUUGCACAAUUUUCCUCUUUUUCUGUAUGAAUAACUAAACAAAAUUAUCAGAAUUAAUCGGCCAUGAUUUAAUCCAUUAAUUUUUUAAUUGAUAAUUUAAAUAAGAAUAUAUUAUGGAGGCUUGCAAAGAAUUGAAAGAAAAGUACGAUCGUUGUUUUAAUGAUUGGUUCUCUGAGAAAUUUCUGCAUGGAAUCAAUGACGAUAGUGAAUGUGCACCUUUACUUAAAGUUUAUACCAAAUGUGUAGCGCAAGCCAUGAAAGAUCAGAACAUAAAUCUGGACGAAGUGAAUGUAGCUCAUUUGGGAACAGAACAAGAGAAGAAAACUGAAAAUUGACAAUUAUGAUUUUAAUAGGAUUUUCUCUUAAUUUUUCUUAUGGAUGUGUUAUAUAUAUAUUUAAAUAAAUCAUUAUUUUUAUCAUAAAACAA